AGACUGCGAAUGGAAGAGAGGCAGGCCGCUGAACGGAAGUCGUGCGGCUGAGGGGAGGCGAAGCGGCUUCGAGUGACGGAGCGAAGAGGAUGAACAACAAAUUCGACGCGGCAUAUAGUUCCCCUUGCCAUUCUCAAAGUCCUGUUAGCCUGAAGGAUGACGACAGCGGCGAUCAUGACCAGAAUGAAGAGAACAGCACACAGAAAGAUGGUGAGAAGGAAAAAAACGACAAAGACAAACCCCAAAGCAGUGCCAAGAGGAAGGCUGCGGUUCCGGGACCGGCUGAGCACCCUCUGCAGUAUAAUUACACGUUCUGGUACUCCAGGCGGACCCCGGGGAGACCCACCAGCUCUCAGAGUUACGAACAGAACAUCAAGCAAAUCGGCACCUUCGCCUCGGUGGAACAGUUCUGGCGGUUUUACAGCCACAUGGUCCGUCCUGGGGACCUGACAGGCCACAGCGACUUCCAUCUUUUCAAAGAAGGGAUUAAACCUAUGUGGGAGGACGAUGCCAACAAGAACGGGGGCAAGUGGAUUAUCCGCCUCCGAAAGGGCCUGGCAUCCCGGUGCUGGGAGAACCUCAUUCUGGCUAUGCUGGGAGAACAGUUUAUGGUGGGGGAAGAAAUCUGUGGGGCCGUCGUCUCCGUCCGUUUCCAGGAAGAUAUCAUCUCCAUAUGGAACAAGACAGCCAGCGACCAGGCCACCACGGCCAGGAUCAGGGACACCUUACGACGAGUUCUCAACCUUCCCCCCAACACCAUCAUGGAGUACAAAACGCACACGGACAGCAUCAAGUACGUGCCCGGGAUGCGGGGAGGGUGCGAGAAAUGGCCGGAACGCGCUUGGUUUCCGUGUCCUUACGGUCCUGAAUGCUGCUUGAACACAAAUAGAAGGCAUGGUGGGCGCAUAUUCUAUGGCAGUGGUGGCUAA